GUUUCACCGGCAUGUCACGUCCUUGUGUGGCGUUUACGUGUACGCGAACGGAGGCUUACAAUAGGAAUACUGCCACUGUUGUUGUGUUUGUUGUGAGCUCGACGCUUUGACGCAGCAAGUUAACGUUAGCUAGCUAGCUAGCAUGUUGCUAACUUGCGGGCUAAAAGGAAGUUGCUACCUCCGGUGGUAAAAACGGUGGCGGCGUUUUAUUGUUAUUGUUCCUGUUGUUCUUUUUAUUCCGACGUCUCCGACCUCGUUUGCUUCUUCUCGUUCGAGACCUUUUCGACGUUUUCUUGCCGCCGCCGCUGCUGCUGCUGCUCAGGCCGUGUCUGCUGUGACACACCGCGCCACCUUGGGAGAAAUCCACCAUCGUUCUACUAUAUGGAGAAGAUGUCCACCGGCAGACGAGUGUGAUGCCACUUCUGGACCAUCUAACGCAGUAUCUCCCAAAAAGCUCGGCCUGGGAGAUGCUCUCUCCUCAGCACCAUCACCGACGCACUACAAGCUGCUUUAUCUGAAACAUUAAUCGCUUCCGGUUUGCGUUUCAAAGUAAACUGCAGUGCAGCCAAAUAACAGCACUGGAUAAGCGAUAAUUUAACAUGAUAUAAGCACCCAUUCUGGUGGGAGCUUGAUAUAGUGAAGUAACUCAUAAGGUUUAACUAACAUACAAACAAACAAAAACUGUCUUGAACCAACCCACAACGACGAAGUAUUUUACGUUGAAAACUCACAUCGAAAGUUGUUUUGUGAUUUGACACAAUCGUGUAAGCUGUUGGUGAAAACUUCUCCUAAGUUAUGUUCAUUUUGGUCAAGAUUACCUCCGUUUUUGGGGGGACUUGUAGUUCCCGGCGUCCGCGUUAGGGUGUGCACAGUCCGCAUACUCCGCUCGACGAUUCGCUAACAGUGUGUUCUGUUAGCGUCUGUUAGCCUGCGGAAGCUAACCGCACACUGGCAGAAGGCGGAAGUCCUUGUUAGUCUUGAUUUUUUACCAUUUACUGCCUGUGUAUCGUAUACUUGUGUACUGGAGUACGCCAAGGCAUGUGGAGGGUGACUUUACAAGCCUUCAGUGUUUUGUUGCUGGCCUUCUUCGUAGGGAAGUUAGCUAUGGGCUGGUUCAAGCGGACGGACCACAUAGCAAGGACGGGCACAGACCAGCAGGAGCAGAGCUGCUUCUGUCAUCUGACGGGCGUGCUCGACGACUGCUUCUGCGACGUGGAGAGCAUCGACUUGUUCAACAACUUCAAGAUUUAUCCUCGCAUCAAGCAGCUGACGGAGAGAGACUACUUUCGGUACUACAAGGUCAACUUGAAGCGUCCGUGUCCAUUCUGGUCCGAUGACGGUCACUGUGCCAUCAAAGACUGCCAUGUGGAGCCUUGCCCAGAGAGUAAAAUUCCCGCAGGCAUCAAGUCUGGGAAUUAUAACAAGUAUUCCCAGGCUGCCAACAGCAUGUCGGACAUGGCCGAGUGCCAACAGGCCGAAGAACUGGGCGCCAUCAAUAACACCCUGAGCAAUCAGAGUAAAGAGGCGUUUGCGGACUGGGCGAGACAUGACGACGCUCAGGAUCAUUUCUGCGAGCUGGAUGACGAAACGUCCCCUGACGCCGAGUACGUGGACCUGCUGCUUAACCCGGAACGCUUCACGGGAUACAAGGGCCCUUCAGCAUGGAGGGUGUGGAACAGCAUCUACGAGGAGAACUGUUUCAAGCCCAGGUCUGUGUACCGACCUUGGAACCCUUUGGUCCCCAGCAGAGGUGACGACGACGGCGAGGGCUUCUACAACUGGCUGGAAGGUCUUUGUUUGGAGAAGAGAGUUUUCUACCGUCUCAUCUCAGGCCUGCACAGCAGCAUCAACAUCCACCUCAGUGCCGAGUACCUGCUGGACGAGGGUUGGGGCAAAUCCGUUUGGGGCCCCAACACGGAGGAGUUCCGUCGUCGCUUCGACAUGGCCGACACGAAGGGCGAAGGCACGCGGCGUCUGAAGAACCUGUACUUCCUGUACCUGAUCGAGCUGCGCGCGCUCUACAAGGUGGCGGCGUACUUCGAGCGCGCCGUGGUCAACCUGUACACGGGCAACGCUCACGAGGACGCCGCCACCAAGGAGCUGCUGCUGCACUUCUUCGACGAGAUCAAAGCCUUCCCCAUGCACUUUGAUGAGAAGUCCAUGUUUGCUGGACAUAAGAAAGAAGCUAAAAUUUUGAAGGAAGAAUUCCGGCUGCACUUCAAGAACAUUUCUCGGAUCAUGGAUUGCGUGGGCUGCAGUAAAUGUCGUCUAUGGGGAAAGCUGCAGACGCAAGGCCUGGGGACCGCCCUCAAGAUCCUCUUCUCCGAGAAGCAGAUCAAGAGCCUUUCGGAACAUUCCCCCUCUAAAGGUUUCCAGCUCACUCGCCAGGAGAUUGUCGCCUUGCUCAACGGCUUCGCCAGAUUGUCCACCAGCAUUCAUCAGCUACACAGCUUCCGCCUGCUGUUAAACGAAAAGAGGUAACAGGAAGUGGCCAGCAGGCGACACCUCAUUGGACCGUCCCCCCCACCCCACACUCCCAGGCAUCUCUGCUGCGUUCGAGCUCACAACCUUUUGGACUGGAUGUAUGAGGACAAGGUGGAUCUGAGGACGUACGUUUAAUUUAUUCAGGGGAAACCCGCCCCCCCGCUGACGUCACAUCACUUUGGACCCCACCCCAUCCCCCUCACGUGUGUGACUUUCAUAGUAAAAUGAUCACAUGAGUUGUGAAAAUAAACUAACGACUGUGUGCGCGCGCGUGUGUGGUCAUGUGAUCACGUUGAGGAUACGGAACUGGACCAAAGAAGUUGCCGGUUUUUGUUGAGCUUGUUGCCAUACAGAAGAGCUACUUUGAGUAAAUGAUUUAAUUGAAAAUGUAAUUUUUUUGUGCUUCAAACCUUCACUUCUACUUGUUUAUCUCAUAUAUUUCAAUGCUAGAACUCAAGCUAGCUUGUUUCCGAACUCACAGCUAUGCUAGUAGUAAUUCUCAUUACAAGUUGUGUCCACUGGGAGGCGACAAAGAUUUUCGCCGUUUUUACCCCCAACAUUGCUGACAUUUUUUCGACAAAUUG